AUGGAUACGCUGAAAGAUAUUCCAGAGUUCUUCGAAACUCGACUAGACGAAUCCUUGGAUGCACGAAGGGAGGGAUUAGCCACUUUCCGGGAACUCGGCCCACCAGACUUAUGUCACAUUACAAAGGCUAAUGCGAAACCAGGUGUUAAGGAGGUCGGCUCUUAUCAUUAUGUAUCUGGUGUCGAUGCGUCAUCCUCGGCUACAUUAGCAGCGUACCUUAAUUCGCUAACAUACGCAUUGGAAGAAGCGCAUGCAUGGUUCUCAAAGUCAUCCGCAUGGCGCAUUCGUUCGGGCGUGUAUUGUUGUUUCAAUGCCUUUUCACGAGUGGACGUACGUGUCGAAGUCAAGAUUCCUGGAGGGGUAGAGAGCUACGUAAUUGAUUUGCGCGGUGAAAGACGCGAAGCUACGCCAGAGAUUUGGCAAGAGACGUACAUUUCCGCAAUUCUUCGCGCCAUAUUGUAUUCAGAUGAUGCCAAUUAUCGUUUGUAUGGGAUUCGUAAAUUGGAUCCUAUCCCGAAUAUAGAAGCCGAGGCACAUUUCUUGGAAGCUGCUGAACAGUUGUUCUUCAAAGGAUGGCAGCUUGGGUCCGAUCCUGAAAUCCAAGUAGCUACCGUUGUCAACAAUCACUUGACAGCAGGGAUUAUGAAAUAUUUCAGUGAGAGCUUUAGAUACGAGAGAGCUGAAUCGGAAGUAGCGGCACUAUUGGCAAAGUCUUAUAUUGGCAUGGAUGAAGAAAUCAAGGCGGUAAACAUUCUGUACGAUGCUCUUAAACAAAAUUCAUUGAGCUGUGCCUUACUUCACGUACAAACAGACUUUCUUCUAAGUAAGGGUGCGGUUGAAUAUGCUUUAAAGCUAGCGAAGCAGGCGGUAAACUGCGCACCAUCCGAGUUUGUGACAUGGGCCAAGCUAACAGAAGUCUAUAUUGAGUUGGGUGACUAUGAGUCUGCUUUAUUAUCAUUGAAUUCAUGUCCAAUGUUUACUUACAACGAAAGGGACAUGCAUCGUAUGCCAACUCCCGCAAGGUCUCAUUUACCCGUCAGAGCUGACAUAGCAAACGCAGGGAUCUUGGGCGACGACAAUAUUUAUGAUAAUGAGUUUGAUGAAAAGCCCAUAUUGCUGCCAGCAUCAUCUUUGCGGGGAACUUUUGCAAAGGCCUAUUUGCUUCUGACACGUCUUGUUCAUAAAGUUGGCUGGGAUGCAUUAUUAAAAUUUCGAUCAUCUGUAUUUGUUAUGGAAGAAGAAUAUCGACUGCAGAAGGCUGCUGAGGAAGAGCGUCAAAAACGAGUUCAUAAGAGCAUAAGCCAAGCUGCAUUACAAGAAACUGUUAAUGGAAAUGCCGAUCAUAAAAAAAGCGACGAGAAAACAUCGGUUAUACCAAAAAUUACUGUUUCGACCGCAAAUGAGUCAGAAAACGUAAACAAUGAUACAGCUGAAAAUGAAGGCAACGAAAAUACGUCAGGAGCUGAUAAAGAAGCCCCGGUUCAGACAGCUACUAAAGCGGCGACUCAACAAGAAGAGACUCGACCAGAAGAGACUCAACCAGAAGAGACUCAACCAGAAGAGACUUCAGGAAAAACUGAUGAUGAAACUGAUGGACAAUCUGGUGACCCUGAUAAAUUGGAAGAUGUCAAUCUUGGUGAUAGUGCGAACGGCGACGGCAAUAGUAAUAUCGCAGAAUCUAAACCCGAAACACAUGAACUCAGGACGCCGGAACUUGUGAAGCCAAGGCAGGCUGCAAACGAAGAUACAUCUGAUGCACAAAGUACAUGUGAUGAAUCAAAGGAUGAUAUAUUCUCUUUCAACAACAAGAGACUUUGCGAAAGAUGGCUCGACAAUUUAUUUAUGGUGCUUUACGAGGAUUUGAGAAUAUAUACUGGACGGCGUUCAGAGCUUUCACAUUACGAGGCUCAUCAAUUAACCUACCGCAAAAGCAGUGCAGAAUGGGAGAUGUUUGGUGACUUGGCUGCCCGUUUAUAUCACAAGGAGGAAUCGAUAGAAGCAUAUCAACAUUGCCUAGAUCAAAAGUUCUCUCCUAAAGCAUGUUUAAAACUCUUGGAGUAUUAUGCAGAGAAGGGUGAUGCACAGAAGGCACUGGCGGCAGCUGUUAAAUUGACGGUUUACCAAGAGCGUUGGUACCACGAAAUUAUCUAUCCUACGGCUGUCUCGUGUAAUCUAAACAAGCUCAUUCGCAAAGAGGGACUCGCAAUAAUGUAUAAUACUCUCCUGGCGAUGAACUUGCCCGAAACUGUGCUGAAGCUAGUAUUACGUUAUUUUACCUUUACUGAAAAUUUCAAAAUACAAGGAUAUGAUUUUUAA